UAUGGCUGAUGGCCGACCACGGGUGUUUGUCGUGAAGUAGGUAGAUGAUAGGUAUAUUACCUAUAAUGCUGCACACUGCACAUAUUUUGUAGGUUUUAAGUAACAAGAAAAAUGUUGCAAUAACAAACACGGUAUCGUCCAAAUGAAGUAAACUUUGGUGUAAUUUGAGAACAGGUGGAUAUAAUAAUUUAACAACGCUCACAUGAUUCAGAAGUUAAUUUAGUCUCAAAUUUUGUAAAAGUUGGACCAAUUUGUACUUUAUAGGUGUCAUCUUAUACAUGCAGGGUUAAUUGCAGAAGCAGCAAAUAAAACCUUUAGAAUGGAACCAUCAUGUUCACAAUCUAAAUGUGACAUCUAUGAGAAAAGUUCUUUUGAAAAUAAUGUAGAGAAUAAGACUGAUAAUGAUGCCAGUGUUGUAGACAAGUCAAAUAACUGUAAUGAAAGACAACAAAUAGAUGACAUAGAGAGAGAAGAUUUUGAAGAAGAAAAUAGACUAUUAAAGCACUGUUCCAGUAUGAUAGUGGAUGAAGAAAUGGCAGCCACUGCUCAUUAUUCUGGAACCCUGUCUAGUGCAAACUCAAGUCUUGCAUCUAGUUCUGAAACAAUUUCAACACUAUCUAAUCUUAUGGCUAAUGACUUCAGCUUACCUGGGUGUAGUAAAGAUGAUUGCGAGGGUAGUAAUGCAACAAUAAAAAACAUGAUUCAUUCUAGGACAACAUUAUACACUGCAACAAAAGAAACUCAAAAAGAAGACUUUAUGCAAAAGUUAUUGAAUAGUGGAACCCAAGAAAAGAAAGAAUUCCCAAAAGGGAAACUAUAUAAGGGUGAUUUAGAAGGAAAUAGUACUGAGACUACAAUGGAAAUUGAUGCCAUAAGUGGUCCUUCCGGAAGAACUAAUUCGAAUGCCUCAAGUAUUGCAAGUACUAGCCCUGACAGUAAAGAGUUUACAGUGCCUUCUACGUCAAAUGCUGAGAAACUAUUGGGACUGGAUGAUAGUAGUAAAAAUGGGGAACGGAGUACUCAAUCUUCGAGCUAUCAGUACUGCGAUCAAGAUGACGAUUCCGAUGAUGAAAUCAAUGAGGAGUCGUGGUGCACUUGCCUUAGCUCCCAUGAGGAUGAUGAGGAUGAUGAAGAACCAGAGCCUGAUGAUAGAUUAUGGAGGAAACGACGUUUCGAGCCGCCACCGCCGCAAUCAGCUAAGAAGUUCUGUCCUGACGGCAGUAUGAUGCCAUGUUCGGGAGAGUGGAACGUUCACGGGAGCACUGGCCUGCAAGGCAUGAACCAGAACAAUAUGCUUCAAGGACCACCAGAAAUAAAACAGUGGCUCAAUCGAUUCCAGUCAUGGUCGAACAGCGAAAAGAUCCAAGCGAUAGACGCGUUGAUAAGCCGCUGCGCUGCCGGCCACGUGCGUCACAUGAUGAAGGCGAUCGAGCCACUGUUCCAGCGGGACUUCAUAUCGCUCCUGCCCAAGGAACUAGCUCUGACGGUGCUCGGGUACCUGUCGCCGAAGGAUUUGCUCCGGGCCGCGCAGACGUGUCGGUAUUGGAGAUUUCUCGCUGACGACAACCUACUAUGGAAGGAGCAGUGUCGGCGCAUAGGUCUUACUACCCUGAAGAAAAUGCCGCGAUCUCUUCCCCGAUGCGCCAGUCCAUGGAAGGCGGCGUAUAUGCGACAGUCACUGAUACAGGACAAUUGGCUCCACAAACCCGUAAACAAUCCCAUAGUUAUGAGAGGGCAUGACGACCACGUGAUCACCUGCUUGCAGUUCUACGGCAAUCGCAUAUUGAGCGGCAGCGACGAUACUACGCUGAAGGUGUGGUCGGCUAUUACGGGGAAGUGUCUCCGCACGCUGGUGGGUCACUCGGGUGGCGUGUGGUCGUCGCAAAUGGUCGGUGACCUAGUAAUCAGCGGGUCGACGGAUCGCACUCUGCGCGUGUGGAACGCGAAGACUGGUCACUGCCUGAAGGUGCUCGCCGGACACACGUCCACGGUGCGGUGUAUGCACUUGCACCAGAAUAGGGUGGUAUCCGGGUCCCGGGACGCGACACUCCGCGUGUGGUCCAUUCCCGACGGGCGAUGCCUGCGCGUGCUCGUCGGUCACUUGGCGGCGGUACGGUGCGUGCAGUACGACGGCAAGGUCGUGGUCUCCGGCGCCUAUGAUUACUUCGUGAAAGUGUGGAAUCCUGAGACCGGCGAGUGUUUGCACACCCUAGCCGGACAUACUAAUAGGGUGUACAGCUUGCAGUUCGACGGCGUGCACGUGGUGAGCGGUUCUCUGGACACGUCGAUACGCGUGUGGGACGUGGAGUCCGGGCAGCUGAAGCACACGCUCACCGGCCACCAGUCGCUGACGUCCGGCAUGGAGCUGCACUCCAACAUACUGGUCUCCGGUAACGCUGACUCCACCGUGAAGGUCUGGGACAUCACCACGGGCCACUGCCUGCAUACGCUGUCAGGUCCGAACAAGCACCAAUCGGCGGUGACGUGCCUGCAGUCGAGCAACCGGUUCGUGAUCACGUCCUCCGACGACGGCACCGUGAAGCUGUGGGACGUGCGCACGGGUGAAUUCAUCCGGAACCUGGUGGAGCUCAGUUCGGGCGGGUCCGGCGGCGUCGUGUGGCGGAUCCGCGCCUCCGCGACCAAGUUGAUCUGCGCGGUCGGCUCCCGCAACGGCACCGAGGAGACCAAGCUCCUGGUACUCGACUUCGACGUGCCGGGGGCUUGCAGGAAGUGCGAUGAAUAGCAUAGACUUAACCGGCGCCUCAUGCGUCGAUACGCCAACCUGUAUGCGCCGUGGCACUGCUAAUAAUUACUGUAUUCGGAACGCGAUAAACGUGAUUUUGUUGUGUGUAUGAUUUUUUUUUUGUACGGGAGUGGAUUCUGGAUUUAGUUCUUAACUCACCCGAUUGUAAUUUGGGUGUGCAUUGUGUCGUUUUAUGGUUCAUACGGUUUUAUUUUAAUGACGUGGCGCUUAGCUUUAUAGAAUACCGACGUUGAGGUAUUUAUUGGUUAGUCAGAAUACCAAGAAUACUCAAUUCUGUUUUUGUAUUGUAAGUAAUGCCCAUAGUUUAGUAGAUAUCUCCACUCCCGUCUUCCAUUAUAAGAAACGUACUGAACAAAACUGCGCUUAUUGAUUAAAAUACAUCGAUUAAGUGAUUAAUUAGGCCACUAUAUGAAAAUAUCCAUAAAUAAAAUGACGUAAUGUAAAGUUCUAAUAUAGUGAUGUAUAAUCAAUCUGACCACUCAACUAAUUUAUUUUUGUAAUUUUUAAUCAUUGUAUGUAUCUCAUUUUACAUAUGACUUUUGAUAUAUUGUUCUAAGUAAUCACAAGGUCCAUAUCAAAGCUAGAUAUAGUUGGUGAAAGUGCCUCCUUGGCCAUACAGUUAGGUCUUCCUUCCACGGUUAGCGCCCACCGGGGUUCAACGUGCUCUGCACGAUAAUUCACAUUAUCUGAUUACCUGCAUACAUUCAAUACCAAUAUGAUACCAUUACAUAUUAUACUUAGUCCUAAGAAUUCAAUUUCAGUUGGUUUAAAAUGAUGGCUGCCAUCAUGCAUUACCAAAUUUAGGUUCUGAGUGGUAUGCUUCAUUGUUCCAAAGAGUACGAGGAUAUCGGAUUUUAGCUUUAGUUUAGACUAAUGGUGUGCACACUGGUCAGUGUUGCUGAUCGAAAUUUUUUACUUACAUUUGUUUUUCAUUCCAUAUACUAUAGCAUUGUUCAUAUCAUGUGAAGAUUAUACGAUCGGAGAUACGGAUAUUUUGAAAUCCAUGAUUGUGUACAUUAAUUUAAGGUGUUAUUUUAAUUUCUGAAUUUUGAUAGUUUUAUUUUGGCUUAAUUAUUGUACAGCCGGAAAUUUUUCCAGGGAAUAACAUUGUUGUCAUUUAUUUUCAAAUUCAGUUAUUUUAAAUUUUUCUAUGAUUCGUUAUAUAUAUUGGUGUCUUUUUUUGUGCAUUAUAAUUCACCUGGACAUGUCAAUUAGCUUUUUUAAGAAAUAUGCAACCGUUAUACCAGUGAAUAACAUUAGCGAGUCAAAUGUUUAUUCAUGCCCUAGCAAGUUAAUAUAAUAUUGUCUCACUGGCCAUGUGGAUAAAGUUUAGGUUAAUGUAUUAGUUUAUUCGAAUUUUUUAACAUUUAAUGAUUUAGUCUCAUUAGUUUAGUGUUUCCAUUGUGUAUUGUUGUUUUUGACGUUAUGUUUGCGUGCAAUUAAUUAAUUGAGCAAUAAUAAACAUAGUAACGAAGCCGCAUAAUAAUUCAAUUGCAAUACAAAGGUGGGCAUUUACGGUCAAUGCAAUUGGUACGACGAAAAUUGAUUGAGGCGAUAUUGAUAUGAGUGGAAAUACUAUUAAUUAAUAUUAUGGCAGUCUAUCGGGAAUUCAUAUUCUGUAUUAAAUUGUGGGCGUGGCCCGCCCUAUUUGAUGCUAUAGAUUGACCGUAAAUGCCCAUCUUCAUCGAGUCUUAUUUGACACAUUAAUAUUUAGUCUCAUUAGUUUAGUGAUUCCUAUGUGCUAAUACUUAAAUCACCAAUAAUCAUAGUUACGAAACCGCAUAAUAAUUGAAUUGCAGUUAUACUAUAGAUAUUUGGCACAUUAAUAUUUUAAUCAUUCACAACCGAUGUUUCAUUCAGUUUAUUUUUAUUCUUUGAGAUCUCUCCAAUUGCUAAAUAUUAUUAUUGUAGUUUUAUUAUAUAUUUAUUGUAGUUUUAUUGCGUAUAAUUUUGUUUUUCGACAUUAUGUUUUUACAUUAUAAUUUGAAUCAAUAUUAAUACGAAUGAAUGUGUAAUUAAUUUAUUAUAAACACCCAUUGUGAUGUCCCAUUAUGUGUAGUAAUGAAUAUUGUUCAAAGGCCAGCAAGUUAUCUAUAAUAUUCAUGUAGUGUAAGAUUUCAUUAAUGCCUAAUCAAUAUGUUAUAAAUAUUUCAGACUUUUAAUAUGAAUAAUACCGAAUUAAAUUUAAUGUAUUUGGUGUUUAGCGUAAACCGAAUGUAACGAAUAACUGUAGUGUAAGUGGCUAUAUAUCGAGACGUGCACAUAGCAAUAUAGCGGAUAAUUUCUAAUUACUAUGUAUAUAACAAUACGAUAACAUUAACUUAGGGAUUCAGUGAAGUGAUGUGAGCCGGGGCGCGUCAUUUGUUAUGAUGUUUUGGCUGCAAGUCAAGCGGCGCGGCCGAUAGCGUUACUCAUUUCUAUGGCUGAAUAUUUUAAACGAAGACUGAGGUAUAGGUAUAGUGUAAUAAUUAUAGUAUUUAGUAAUGUCGGCUGUUAAAAUGUAUCCAACGAGUAUUUUUGGCGAUCGACACGUUGUAACAGUCGGCCUCGAUCACUCCACGCUACCCACCAUCACUCCUGUCUUUGUUUAAUUGUAACGAUUUCUUUCUUGACUUUCAAAUGAUUUGCAUCGCGAUUGUAGUUCCGUGUGCUUGGAAAAAUGCAUUCAUUACCCUUCUACCAAUGCAUUCUAAUCCUUCUACACUUACCGAUUAUCGUCCCAUAUGCACUAAGUCAAAUGGCUUCCCAUUCGUCUUCGCCGAAAUACUCACCCGACACGUUCAUCCAAUAAACACCGUCUAUUUAUUCCAACACAUGUAAAUCAUGUAUACAACUGUUCCUUUACUGUCCGUGCUAUUAGACUUUGGAAUGACUUACCCCUAGAGAUAAGAGAAGCUCUAUCUCUACCCACAUUCAAAAACCUACUGAAGCAAUUUCAUCUAUCCACUUAGUUGGUAUUUAAUAUAUUUGUUCUUUAUCUAUUUAUUUGAACCUACAUUUAGAGUUAGCUGCAUCGGUGUGAUUUAUGUAUACGUAUUUAUAUUAUUACAUAUGUUUUUAUGUAUGUGUGUAACUAUGUAUAUAUUAAUAUAUAUUUAUGUAUUUUCAUGGUUUUCAUUACAUUUCUAUUACUAUAUUAUUACAUUUAUUUUUUAUAGCACCUGUUGCCCCGUUUUUUACUAAAUAUGUUUAGCGUUUCCUUGUCCAACAGGUUGUCGGGAAGAGAUCGCUACUUUAGCGAUAAGACCGCCUGUUGUGCUUCUAUAGAGUUUAUAGUUUUUUUCUGUAUGACUUGGUGCACAACAAAGUAUUUUGAUUUGAUUUGAUUUGAUUGUCGUUAUUAAGUUACGUUGUAAGUAAUGUUUAGAUGGUAAGACUAUGGCCCAUUGCUGGGAUUCCGGUCGCGUAAUUGGUUUGUGUAUAAUCGAUAUUGAGGCGGUAUAAUCGUGUUCAUUAGUUAUACAGAACGGCGAGCAUCCAAGAUGGAUGUGAUUACGCAAAAUGUAAUCUGAAGUAACAUUAUGUAAUUCGUUUAAUUUUAUUCGUCACGGUGUUUAUUUUAUGUUUGGAUGAUUAUGUAAAUAUAGACGCGCGGCGAUACUUCCUGUUGACACUUUUCCUAAACUGUAUUUCCUUUGCGCUUUUUAUGUAAUAAUUACCUUUGAAUAAAAAUCAGUUGUUUUUCAG